AUGUCUUACCAACAGCAGCAGUGCAAGCAGCCUUGCCAGCCUCCACCCCCUCGUCCUCCUCCAAAGUGCCCUGAGCCCUGUCCUCCCCCAAAGUGUCCUGAGCCUUGUCCUCCCCCAGAGUGCCCAGAGCCAUGUCCUCCUCCCUCAUACCAGCAGAAAUGCCCUCCUAUGCAACCUUCUCCACCCUGCCAGAAGUGCCCACCCAAGAACAAGUGA